AUGUCGCUGUUGCUGUGUACUUGGAACUUGGGAUGUAAAGAUCUCGACGGCCAGAUGCCCAAAGAAGGCUCCCGGACGGCGACUGCAGAACACUGUGACACCUACCUGCCACUACUGCUUUUUCAGCAGACCGCCAACAAGGUUGAGGUCGUGCCUUUGCACUUCACCUUUGGCAAGCACCAGGUUUGCAGCAAAGGAUGCGUGGCUGCACAUUUUGAUCACAACGGUUUGAAGAUGUGUGUGGUGAACGCACAUUUGGAGGCAGGGCAUGGCAAAGUACGCGCCCGCAACGAAAUGUUUGCACAGAUUGCUUCCAAAUUUCCAACGGGAUCAAACUCCUUGCUGCUAUUGCUUGGAGAUUUGAAUUAUCGAGUGGAGGGCAAGAGGCCUUUCACUGAGCCCACCAAGGCUACACCGGUGGAGCAAAGAUGCCAGGUCUUCUUAGAAGAGUUUGAUGAAGCCGUUGCCAAAUGUCAAGCUGGCAAGGCCUCAGAACUUCAGGAGCGUUGUCAGUUGCGCCGCUCACGUGGAGAUGCACCCUUCUUCGAAAACUUUGAAGAAGCUGAGGCAGUUUCAGCGCGCUUUGAAAAGUUCUCCCAAGAACAGCUUGAAAGCAACGAACUGCUCACUAGAGCCAGGUACGAUUCCAGCCCACGUGCCCUAGAUGCUGGGCGAGCUGGGUUCCUCGCCAAACCACCUGCCGAAGGGACCAAGCGGCCCUAUCCAUUGCUGCUUUUUCUACACGGCUCGGGUGAACGAGGGCACGAGGAUGGUCGUGAUCUGGGGAAGGUGCGACAGAAUGGACCUUGGUCUGCGAGUGGAGCCGAGCGCUUCUUUCUGGUGGCGCCUCAAUGCCCACAGGAUGCUGUGUGGCCAGCCCUCGCAGAACAGGUGGUUCUUCUUACCCGAGAGGUUCUCAAAACCUAUGAGCUGGACACUUCCAGGUGCUACAUCACUGGCCUCAGCAUGGGCGGCUUUGGUGCUUGGGCUGCCGCCUAUUUAGCUCCAGAGCUCUACACCGCAAUGGUCGCUGUUUGUGGAGGCUUUACGAAGCCCUUGCCGCGAGAGACAAGUCUCAGCACCAUGCUGCAGCUCGCGAAAGUCAAACCCAAAGGCGAAGACCUGGACAAGUUAAGAGAUCUUCCGGUUUGGCUCUUUCACGGGUUGAAGGACAAGAUAGUGGAUGCUGAUGGCUCUUUGCUGCUUUACGAAGCUUUGGGGGGCAAAGCCCGCGGUUUCAGCAAGUUGAGGCUGACAAAGUAUGGAGAACUUGGACAUACUAUCUGGAGCAGCGCCUACAAGACGCAGGGCCUUUUCAACUGGCUGCUGGGCAAACGUGGAGCGAAACCUGGAGGUGCAUUAGCGUCUCAAACUCCGAAGAGGAUUUCGCCUCCGGCCCCACCGGCCACGCUGGCCCCGGCCCCGCUGGGCCCGAUCCCGCUGGCCCCGCUGGCAGCCCCGCCGCGAGCCGCACCCAGCGACGCGGAUCGUGCUCUGCAGAUUGCUCCUGAGCUGCCGCAGAAGCUCCUGAAACUCUUGGAGUCUUCCGAGGCAUCUCCUGCUAUUCCGGACUUGCAAGACGUUUCGGAUGACGUCACCUGGGAUGAAUGGGACACUGAGCCCACUGGCGAUGCCUCGGAGUCUGAUGCUUCUGAUGCUCCGCUCCAAAGUUUUUCGGCUGCCAUAGUCAUAGCCAAUCAUAGCCUGGUCGAUGACAUUGGAUAA